GGAUUUCUAAUUAGCAUUUGUUUAUACAACUCUCUAAAAGGAAUUUUUAUAACAAGAUGGGAGACGUAACCAAGGGAGCCAAGAUCUUCAAGCAGCGGUGCUCACAGUGUCAUGUUAUUCAAGCCGAUGGCAAGCACAAGACCGGACCCAAUCUGUACGGUUUCUUCGGUAGACAGACCGGUCAGGGUGAGGGAUACGCAUACACCGACGCUAACAAGGCCAAGGGAAUUACAUGGAACGAGGAGACACUAGAUACCUACCUAACCAACCCCAAGAAGUACAUUCCUGGAACUAAAAUGAUCUUCGCCGGUCUAAAGAAGGAGAAGGAAAGAAAGGAUCUGAUCGCGUACCUCAAGGCCGAGUCGGGUUAAUUAAUUAAGCCACUCGCGCCCAUAAUCUCGUAUAUAAAGUUGUUCUACAUAAAUACGACCGACAGAGCGUCGUGCUGCCCAAGUGACUGUACGUCCCUAGGCUUGCGCGUUAUAUACUGGCGUGUGCGUAUGGCAGAUAUCUGCGUAUAUGUGCACGCUGUAUCCCUCUGCAUCGGAUGGUGAUAGUACUUGGGGAAUAGGGGAUAGCCAUAUGCCUGUUUGAACUCUUGUUCGCGGGUUGAGUUCCUGGGCGGCGGGUGAUAGUAGUCAUGUUUUUUUUUCGAAUGCGAGGCUGAGCAAUAUUUUGGCAUCAGUCUUUUAGUUUUAGAAAUUUGUUUACUAAAAACACAGGAAGAUGUUCCCAAGUA